AUGGAGUUGGAUGGCGGCGAUGAAACUGAGGUCACACGCAGCCAGUCCAGAAGCGACGGCUUCCGCGCGUCAGCAUCCACCUCAGACGUCUCUGUCGAGGCUUGUGUUGCAGACGAUGCUGCCGCUGUUUGCGCGCUCAAUAUGAACAGCGCGUCUCCACAGCUCGGGCGUCCUGCUGAGGUGGGUGGGGGGGCAGACGCUCUGCGGUCGGCGCCGCGUAACAGGACUCAAUGUGGGGAGAGCCACGGAGGAGGAGGCGUUAGAAGCGAACCGCUCAGCCGAGCGUUGCCGGCAAGGCCGGGGGAGGGCAUGGGCGGCGGAGGGGUGGACGCUAGCGUAGUCGCUAACACACCGUGCGAAGGGGACGAGUGCAAGGCCCAGACGGGAGAGAAGACCUUCUGUGGUCCAAAGACUGGGCCUCACGGCGUUAGCGCUACCAUCUCAGAUGAUGAGAUUACGGAAGCAUGGACUCCUGCCCUGAUGCCCUUUCCUCCGUUUCUCGCGGCUCUCUGGACGGGACAACUGCAGCACCAACAGGCCAGCAUUGGCGAAGGACUCCUUCCUCUUCCGCUCCUCAAUCCCUCUUCCUUCUGUUUCCUCUCGGCAUCGCUUCAAGCGCUGGCUUCACUCACGCCACUAUUAGAUCUUCUCCAUGCUCUAGCGUACCUCAAGCUGCUUCGGGAAUGUCUCCCCAACUGCCUUAUGUUGCCGUCAUCGGCUUCUUUGUACCCAGAUGCAGAGGCGGACACAAAGCAUUAUUCACCUGCUGGAUCCCGCAAGGAUGGGACGACAGUGGGAUGCGACGGCACAUAUGCACGCCUCGCAGUGAAGCCAAGCUCAGACCGCCCCGAUGAUGGCCGUCCUGUCUGCCAAGAGACGUACACUCUGCCUCCAGGCCCUGGAAAGCUUCCGCACCUCUUGUUGACGUGUCUGAUGACACUGAACCGUGGUCUCUCCAUGCCGUCUGUGUCAGGCUUGCUACUUGCCUCGCGCGACUGGUCUCCGUGUGAGGCACAGGGAAAAUCCCGCGGAAAUCUCGACCAAUUGCAGCGAUGUGGAGAGGUUGGCGGAGGGGUGGCGUUCCCCGUCGAGUGCGCGUCGACCGCAGGUCACCACGACAACGGCGGGGAGAGACAGAAUAUCGAUAGCAACCGAGCGGAUUUGUACGUCGUGUUGGAGGAAGGCAGGCGGCUCGUAGUUACGGAAAAGGCACCAAUUUCGGUGUUCGACUUCCUCUGGCGGCUUGCGCGUAUGGCUGCUUCCAGGACUGAAGCUCAGAGGCCGGAUGCACCGGACGCCUCUCCGGAGAGGGUAGAGAAAUUGCCAUCUCAGGGGACGCAGAGGAUCCCCCCUUGCGCUUGGCGCUGUGCCGCUGGCCAGGUCUUAGAAGCAGUACGCGGGGCAGCGAGGUUGAGCUCGGGGAUUCUGGAACAGGAGAGACGCCGAAUUGUGAGGGACCACCGAGGUCAGAACUCGGCGAGGCAACACGGGAUGGCGCCUGCAGUGUACCGGCAGCUCAGUAACGCCAUGCGGCACCUCUUUCCCGGCGAUGUCCCUCAUCUGGGACUGGCGGGGAACCGAGAUCUAUUUAUAAGAGAGCAGGACGCACACGAGUUUCUGCAGGCACUCUUGGAGGAGCUCGAUGAUGACUGCCAUGCUGCUGAACAGCUCUGUGUUGGGCUCUCAGUCGGUCUUGAGAGUACCAUUUCCGACUCUAUCCCUCAUACGAAAUGCAGCCGAACAUCGCGGCAAAAGGAAGGACAGAAUCUGUCAGUGUAUUUGCAAGAAUCCACGGCACGCGACGACUGCGGUGAGAGCGUAAACCCAGCCAAGGCAGCACCAUCUGCUGAGCUGAUUGAGAAGUUCGGGCCGGUCAAACAGCAGUUUGAAGCUGCUCCAGGACUCACCGACUCAGUGGUAGAGAGACCUCAAGAUGAUGAGCAGUCGCCAGCUGGCGCCGGUUCCAAUUUGAGAGGGCGGUCCACACCUCACAAGCAAUCGAAGCCGAUGCAGGGUCAAGUUCCCGCGUCUCGACGAGCGCCGGUUCCUCAUCUUCGCGACGUUUUUUCGGGCACACUCGCAGAAUUCACCUGCUGUCUGGUGUGCGGAUACCGCACGCCACAGCGGCUGCUUCCAUUCUCAUGUUUGCAGCUGUCUUUGGAGACCACCCGAAAAUUUGGCUUUUGGUCGGGCCCUGCCUCCGUUGAGGAUCUCGUGCGUGCUUCGUUUCGGCCACAGCGGGUGGAUCACGUAGAAUGUUUGUACUGCUCGGCGUUGGUAACCUUUCGCAGUCUUCAGUUGCAGCUGCAGAAGGAUGCCGUCCUGUCUAUCGUUCCUCACUGUUCGCCAGGGUGUGUCGUUCAACGUGAAGAUCUUGUCGAUCCAGAGGCUGUGUGUGGUACACGGGGGGCGAGGGCUCCAGCGUCAGGCGUCCGUCCUCCGCGUGGGCUCGGUCAGCGUACGUCUGGCGUCAGUGGCAGUGAAGAGCGUGAAGAGCCAUUUUUGCACGACGGUGCCGCUUCGGCUUAUGGUACAUUCGUGCCCCCGUCGGUUUGGCCUCGGUUCAGUGAGCACGCAGUGCCUACAUCGUUAAUUCCGAGUUUUUUUUCUCCUAUUUGGAUGCUGCCGGCAUCCAUGGUCCGUGCACACGUCAAGCGGCGGGUCACGCUCUGGCAAUUAUUUAACCUCGUUUCUUCCCAACAAAAAAAAGAGCCCGAAGCUGGGCGCGGAGAUCCCACCACUGCGGCAGACGCGACACCGCGUUCAGGUAACAUGGAGAAGGAGCCGCUGCGGGCGCCGGUGAGGCAUCCUGCCAACGCCGGAGACUGGGAAGCGACGCUGGAAGCCUUGAAGCUUCGCGCGGGCGAGCUCUGGACCACAGUUCGGCGGUCAAAGGAAAAGAUCCAAAGGGUGCAGCGGCUGCCGCAAGUGCUCAUUAUUCAGGUAAACGCCCUUGCUACGACACCGUAUGGCCGAAUUUACAAGCUCGCCGAACGCUGCUCCUUUCCUCUUGCGUUCGAUGCGUUUGUCCUCUUCGGGCCUGCAGCAGAGAAUGCGAGAGACAGCUCGGCAUCUUCGUUCGCGGGCAACGGGAUUGACGAACUCCCCCACCGCAUGACGCAGGACACUCGAAUGUUUGAAGUCCAUGAGUCAUGCCCGACGUGGGUUCAUUCAACCGCCAAAAUACGAGGAUUCCAAGAGGCUACGUCUCCAAGCAGCUCCGGGAGGCGAGCGACGAGCACAGGGCCGAAACGAUCGCAGCCAGAGUCCGGGGCGGAUGGGCGUUUGUACGAGCUGAGGGCAGUCGUCACACAUCUGGGAUCCUCGGCCUCCACUGGGCACUUUGUGUGCUACCGGCGGUGGGAUGCGUGUGCCUUCGGUCCAGGCCCCGGUGCCCGGUCUUUGCUACAGAGCUUCUGCGCCAAUGUGGGAGAAGACAUAUCGUUUGAGGGUUUCGAUUGUGACUCAAAGACGCGGAUCUCCACGCCGAGUGGAUGCAACAAUGGCUCAGGCACCGAGUCACCGUCGGCCGAGGUGACGACGGCUUUCUCGGCUGGUGGUGAUUGCACAGCGACAUCCACGGGGCCAGGCGACUCCCUCAUAGCCGGACAACGACAGGGACAUGCCGCGAAUGUCGGGUCGGCUGCUGACACUGGUCGCCGUCGACAUGUCGCUAACUCGGCGAGUACGCACAGCGCGAGUGGCGCCGGCGGGGGAGGGGAAGUGCUCGACAACCUUGAUAUGCCCCCAGAGACGGAAGAAGCGACACAAGACGAGGGGUGCCGCCAGUACCGGGAACAUGGCUGUUCCGACGAAAGAGAGGCGCACGAAGCACACCAAACGUGGCGCGCAGGCAGGCUCUCCACGUGGUUGCGCCAGAGUCGUUUCCUAGGUGCGGCUAACGCGGCGUUCGUCCGAGUGUCUGAUAGCUCCGUGGAAGCUGUCAAGGUGGAGGACGUGAUGACGACAGAGCCGUAUCUUUUGUUCUACCAGGUUGCCCCGCCGGCUAUAUUUUAA